AUUUAACAUGUUUAAAUUCCAAGAUAAUGGACUACUAAGGCCAUAAGGGAUGGUGAAGUUGGCGGCUGGUCCUGAUGAGUCCAGCAAUGCAUACGCUAUAUGCAGUUUAGAUCUACGGGGAGAGGAACAAUUAGCUACAAGCCCCACGGAGCUCAGCGUUGUUGAAUAUAAUAAGGGAAAUGCCAGUUUUGCUUGGCAAGGAAUAAUCUGAGUAGAGUUAUCCUUUGGACCAUCGGCUGCAGACAAUUUGGCCCAAGUUAGGGGCAGUUCAGGCUACUGGGAAAUAGACUGUCAUCGACAAAUAGGGCAUCUUUUCCAUAACGU